CCACCGAAUUCACUGGCUGCUAAGACUCAUAUACCCAGCAUGCCUUUGAGCCUUUAGCAGCUAAAACAUCCAUUUCUUACUGUUCGCUGGGACUAGAAAUGACAAAGCCUGUUUCCCAGCAUACCCUUGGGACUCAUCCGGGCGCCAUUUCUCAGCAGCUCACUGGGCCUGGUGAAGCUCCUGAAACUGUUUUCCAGCACAUUCUUGGGGAAGUUAGAGACAGAGAUUCCAUUUCCCAAAGAACAAUUGAACUUAAAGGCUAAGCUUUCAUUUCCUAGCACAUUUGGGGGUUACAGGUGGCCAAGAUCUUUACACAGCACCCUGAGGGUUUGAGUGUUUACCAGACUACAUUUCCCAUACAUCUUUGGUGCCCUCCACCACUGGUAAAUAGUGCUGAUGCCCCAGGGGUUCCUGGGGAUUGUACUUCAGGUAUACACAGGGCGUGUUCCAGGACUCUAUCAGGCCAAGGGGCAGUGGGAAAUGACCAUCCCAGGACUUCCCUGGCGGUCCAGUGGCUAGGACUCUGCGCUUCCACUGCAUGGGGCACAGGCUGGCCAAGAUGAUCCAGAAGCACCAGCGGCUGCUGUGGACCCUGGAGUCCCUGGUUACUGGACGGGCCAUUCGAGAAGUUCGAGACAGGGAUGUCCCUCUGGCCCAGCAGCUGCUCCAGCACCAUGCAGUCCAGGCACACACCCAGGAGGAGGCGCUGGCAGGCUGGGAACCCCUGGGAGUGAUUGGUCUCAUCUUGCCACCCACAUUCUGCUUCCUUGAGAUGAUGUGGAGGAUUUGCCCUGCCCUGGCUGUGGGCUGCACUGUGGUGGUCCUCGUGCCCCCAGCCUCUCCGACGCCCCUCCUUGUGGCCCAGCUGGCAGGGGAGCUAGGCCAGUUCCCAGGAAUCCUCAAUGUGAUCAGUGGCCCUGCCUCCCUGGGGCCUGUCCUGGCCUCACAGCCUGGAGUCCAGAAGGUGGCCUUCUGUGGAGCCAUCGAGGAUGGUCGUGCCCUACGGCGGGCCCUGGCGGGCCAGGGUCCCGAGCUGGGCCUGGCACUGGGGGCUGAGUCGCUGCUGCUACUGAUGGAGACGGCGGAUGUGGACUCGGCCGUGGAGGGCAUCGUGGAUGCAGCCUGGUCUGACCGCAGCCCGGGGGGACUCAGACUUCUCAUCCAGGAGUCUGUGUGGGAUGAGACAAUGAGGCGGCUCCAGGCGCGGAUGGGGCGGCUUCGCGGUGGCCGAGGGCUAGACGGAGCCGUGGACAUGGGGGCCCGGGGAGCUGCUGCACGUGACCUGGCCCAGCGCUAUGUGCGUGAGGCCCAGAGCCAGGGUGCACAGGUCUUCCAGGCUGGCAGUAUGCCUCCAGACAGCCCAUUCUUUCCCCCAUCCUUGAUCUCUGACCUCCCUCCAGCCUCUCCAUGUAGUCAGGCAGAGGUUCCGUGGCCUCUGGUCGUGGCCUCCCCUUUCCGUACUGCUAAGGAGGCGCUGGCCGUGGCCAACUGGACGCCCCGAGGAGGCAGUGCCAGCGUAUGGAGUGAGAGACUGGGGCAGGCCCUGGAGCUGGCCUACGGGCUCCAGAUGGGCACGGUCUGGAUCAAUGCCCACGGCCUCAGAGACCCUGCAGUGCCAACAGGUGGCUGCAAGGAGAGUGGGUCUUCCUGGCACGGGGGGCCAGAUGGUCUGUAUGAGUAUCUGCGGCCCUCAGGGACCCCUACCUGCCUGCCCUACCUGUCGGAGAAUCUGAACUAUGACACCUUUGGCCUUGCUGUUCCCUCCACCCUACCAGCUGGGCCUGAAACAGGGCUUAGCCCAGCACCCCCCUAUGGGCUCUUUGUGGGAGGCCGUUUCCAGGCUCCUGGGGCCCGGAGCUCCAGGCCCAUCCGGGAUUCGCAGGGCCAUCUCCAUGGCUACGUGGCUGAGGGUGGAGCCAAGGAUAUCCGAGGUGCCGUGGAGGCUGCUCACCAGGCUGCCCCUGGCUGGGUGGGCCAGUCGCCAGGGGCCCGAGCAGCCCUACUAUGGGCCCUGGCGGCCGCACUGCAAUGCCGAGAGUCCACCCUGGUCUCGAGGCUGGAGAGGCAUGGAGUGGAGCUCGAGGUCGCCAAGGCGGAGGUGGAGCUGAGCGUGAGGCGGCUUCGGGCAUGGGGGGCCCGCGUCCAGACCCAAGGCUGCACCCUGCAGGUAGCAGGGCUGAAAGGCCCCGUGCUUCGGCUGCAGGAACCUCUGGGUGUGCUGGCUAUUGUGUGCCCGGAAGAGUGGCCCCUGCUUGCCUUCGUGUCUCUGCUGGCCCCUGCUCUGGCCCACGGCAACACUGUGGUCUUGGUGCCCAGCGGGGCCUGUCCCAUCCCUGCCUUGGAGGUCUGCCAGGAUAUGGCCACCUUGUUGCCAGGGGGCCUGGUGAAUGUGGUGACAGGAGACCGGGACCACCUGACCCGCUGCCUGGCCUUGCACCAGGACAUCCAGGCCCUGUGGUAUUUCGGAUCUGCCCAGGGCUCCCAGUUUGUGGAAUGGGCCUCAGCAGGAAACCUCAAGCCCGUGUGGGUGAACAGAGGCUGCCCGCGGGCCUGGGAUCAGGACGCCGAGGGGGCAGGCCCAGAGCUGGGGCUGCGGGCAGCACGGACCAAGGCCCUGUGGCUGCCCAUGGGGGACUGAUUGCCCAAGUGCGACCCACUCUAUCCUGGACAGAGGACAGAUGGACCCCAACCGAUGCCAGACGUCUGGAACAUUCCUCUUAUUAUGGUUCCAAUAAACUCUGACCAAUCUUGGCUGUGCCUCUGAGGGGAGGAAGGGAGGAAAUAGCAACUUCUGGGCUAUUGAGGCCACUUCAGUUCUGAGGCUCAGCAGCCGCAUGGGCUGGCGCCAGGACAACUCAGUGUCUGUGAAAUAGAUACAAGGGACUCUAAGAACCUUUGGACAGGGCCGCAGCGACUCUUGUCUCUUCUGGUCUUUUCUAUCCAGUGGCUCCUGCUCCCUGGUUUUCUCUGCCUCUGCAUUGCCUCAGGAUCUGUGGUGUGCUGGUGAAAAUAAAAUACAGUAGCUCUCUGGAAUAAAAUAAAAUCCAUGGUUAAGUAACUUUA